AUGUUGGCGUUCAGAAAGAUUAGGAACAGAUUGGGUGGUAGGAUACGUCUUAUUGUAUCUGGAGGAGCCCCUUUAAGCCCCGAGGUGGAGGAGUUCUUGAGGGUCACAUCAUGUGCUUUUGUACUACAAGGAUAUGGGUUGACAGAGACUUGUGGUUUAGCUGCAGUUGCGUAUCCAUACGAAAUGUCAAUGGUGGGGAGUGUUGGUCCUCCUUUUGUAUACACUGAGUUACGUCUUGAAGAAGUUGCAGAUAUGGGUUAUGAUCCUUUAGCGUAUCCUCCACGAGGUGAAAUAUGUGUCAGGGGUAAAUCUUGUUUUGCUGGAUACUACAAGAAUCCAGAGUUGACAAAUGAGGUGAUGGUAGAUGGGUGGUUUCAUACAGGUGACAUAGGGGAAAUGUUACCUAAUGGAGCAGUGAGAAUUAUUGACAGGAAGAAACAUUUGAUAAAGUUGUCACAAGGAGAGUAUGUUGCACUUGAGCAUCUAGAGAAAGUUUAUGGCAUCACUCCCAUCGUUGAAGAUAUAUGGGUGUACGGGGAUAGUUUCAAGUCAUCAUUGGUGGCGGUAGUGGUACCUAACAAAGAACAUGUAGAAAGAUGGGGACAUAAAAAUGGCCACAAGAAUUGCUUCUCCAGCCUCUGCACCCUCACCCAGCUACAAGAUUACAUCAUCUGUGAACUAAAAUCUACGGCACAAAGAAACAAGCUAAGAGGUUUUGAACAUAUUAAGGGCGUUAUUGUGGAAGCAAAAACCUUUGAAGGGGAAAAAGAUUUGCUGACACCAACAUUGAAGAAGAAAAGAGACAAAUUUCUUAGUUGUUACAAGGUUCAAAUUGACCACCUCUACAAAAACAAAUCCUAAAACAAGAUCACCUUAUGUGUAUGAAUUCCAAAAGAGCAUGACCAAUUGCAUUAUCUUAUUCAUGUGUAUUCUAAUGCUCCUCUUCUAAUAAAGAAGAAAGGGAAAUUCAAAUUAUGAUACCUACCAAAAAGACAUGUCUAUUGAAACAAGCACAACCUAAUCAAUAACCUAUAUUUAUCUACUUAAUACCUUUGAAG